UUACUUAAUGGAAUUGUAGUUGGGAAGAUGGCUUCUCAGUGCACACUUUCUGCUUUAUUUUCAUCCCAGAGCCAAUUGGAAUACGCCCUGGACGAUGCUACGAGUCAGCAAGAGAAAGAAAACCUCGUCUAUCAGUACUUGAGAAAGCUUGAUGACAAAGAGGAUUUGAAGAUUCCCGAUUUUGAGGAAGGUCUCGAGUGGCUGAACACUGAAGGCCCCCUUUCUUUCUCAAGAGAGCUGGCUGGUAAAGUGGUGGUGUUGGACUUCUUUACUUACUGCUGCAUUAACUGCAUGCAUAUCCUACCUGACUUGCACCAGCUGGAGAAAAGACACUCUGUCAAAGAUGGGCUCAUAAUCGUGGGCGUCCACUCUGCAAAGUUCCCCAAUGAAAAGGUGUUGCAGAACGUGCGUGGUGCUGUGCUUCGCUACAACAUCACCCACCCUGUGGUGAAUGACAGAGAUGCUCGGCUGUGGCAUGAGCUAGAAGUGGCCUGUUGGCCCACUGUGGUACUCCUUGGGCCUAGGGGCAACUUGCUCUUUUCCCUGGUGGGAGAGGGCCACCGUGAGCGCCUAGCACUCUUCACCAGUGCUGCCCUCCAGCACUACAGAGACCAGGGCCUGCUAAGGGACCACCUUGUGGGCACCAAGCUCUACCGAGACUCUCUACCCUCAUCGUUUCUUUCGUUUCCUGGGAAGGUAGCUGUGGAUUCCAGCAGAAAGAGAUUGGCUAUAGCAGAUACGGGACAUCAUCGGGUGCUGGUGGUAUCCAGUACUGGGAAGUUACUUUACUCUGUAGGAGGGCCUGGGAGUGGUAGGAAAGAUGGCAAACUCCAAGAAGCAACCUUUUGCUCACCACAGGGGGUUGUCAUCAAAGGAGAUAUUGUCUUUGUGGCAGACACAGAAAACCACCUAAUCAGAAAGAUUGACUUGUUGGAGGAGCAGGUCAGCACCCUGGCAGGAGUGGGAUUUCAAGGCAUUGACAAGGACGGAGGAGCCAUGGGACCACAGCAGCCAAUUAGCUCGCCCUGGGACUUGGCGCUAGGCACUUCAGGCGGUAAGGAGGAUAAUGUGCUGUGGGUGGCCAUGGCAGGGACCCACCAGGUCUGGUGUCUGUUCCUGGCAGAUGGAAAACUUCCUCAAGGAAGCAAUUUCCAAAUGGGGACAUGUGUGCGCUUUGCUGGCAGUGGUAACGAGGAGAACCGCAACAAUGCCUACCCUCACAAGGCGGGCUUUGCCCAGCCUUCAGGCCUGGCUCCCGCUCCCGAGGAGCCCUGGUGUUGCUUGUAUGUGGCCGACAGCGAGAGCAGCACUGUGAGAUCUGUGGCACUAAAGGAUGGCGCUGUUAAACUGCUGGUGGGGGGUGAGAGAGACCCUAUGAACCUUUUUGCCUUUGGGGACGUUGACGGAAAAGGAAUGGACGCAAAGCUCCAGCACCCUCUUGGUGUGGCCUGGGCUCCUGACAAAAGCUUGCUCUAUGUGGCUGACUCCUACAACCACAAGAUCAAAGUGGUGGACCCUAAGAACAAGCAAUGUUGGGUUGUGGCUGGGACAGGAGAAGCUGGUGACGUGUUAGGGCCUGGCUUCACGGAGUCAAGUUUUAAUGAGCCUGGUGGCCUGUGUGUUGGGGAAGGAGUGUUGUUCAUAGCUGACACAAACAACCACCAGCUUAAAGUCCUGGAUCUGGAAACCAAAACUGUGUCACGGUUUCCCAUUUCAGUGGAGGAUACUGUAGAUUCUGCGACAAAUUUCUCUUGUUCUUUUAAAGUCCCCAAACUCCCCAAAUCUGCAUUGAAAGUGAAUAUGCCACUGUUGACAGUGUCACCAGGGCAGACUGUCAACAUGAAACUGGUGCUAUCACUUCCAGAGGGCACCAAGCUUACCAAAGAAGCACCCAGCUUUUGGAUCCUGUCUGCAGAAGGUAAUGAGUGGUUGCUUGAGAGCCGGGUGGCAACCGGGAACAUCCAAGACCUUUCUCAGCCCCUCUCCAUCUCAACCGUACUUCCAGCAGUUCCAGAUGUGACCGAUGCUAGCCCCGAACUCACCCUGAGUGUCUGGGUCUACUGCUGUCUAACAGGGGGCGGGUCUUGUAUGAUGAAAGUAGCCUCCUUCAUACAACCUCUCCAGAUAGUCACCACCCUUGAAAAUGGCCCAGUUACUGUGACUCUGGCUCAUGCUUUCUAACCUAACACACCUCAAAGCCUUUCUUCUCAUUUGGGACUUUGACUGCAUAUAAUAUUUUCUAAAUGUCAGCACCCAAGUGCAUGUGUUAGUCUUUCUAUUAACACAUUUUAUAGAUUGGGAAAACAAGGGGCUCAUUCAUUAGAACUCUGUAAACCUCUAACAAACAUGAGUAUAUCCGUAAGUUAAUGUCACUUCAGACCUUUUAUUACCCUUUCAAACCUUUCACGGAGUCCGCUGAUUUUCUUGAGUUUGUGUCAGCUAAAUUGCUUACCUUAAUAUUACCUGAUUGCAAAAAUGAAAAAUAUUGUCUAGGAUUAUGAUAUUAACCAUGGGCCCUGAAAGGCAUGGCCUGUCUCUGGUCAUGUCUUGUGAUAAUUUGGUUGCCUUGCCCUGUAAACUGUCAUGACUGGUAACUAUGAUGUCAGAAAUCAGUUUUUAUGAACUUAUGUUUAUAAAAAUAAAUUAUGUAAUUAUGUAUAUCAAUAAAAGAAACAAAGUGCCUCCCACAAAAGCAACUACUUUUUAUUCAACGAA